AUGGAUGAUGUAUACACUCUGGAUGAGGCGCUUGCUUCUGUGGGGUUCGGAAAAUUCCAAUGUCUGGUGCUUGCUUAUGCUGGUCUUGGUUGGUUUGCGGAUGCAAUGGAAGUUAUGCUUCUCUCUUUUGUUGGACCCGUUGUUAAGUCUCAGUGGGAACUCUCAUCAGGCCAAGAGAGUCUGCUAACGACUGCUGUUUUUGCUGGUAUGCUCGUUGGAUCAUUUUCUUGGGGCCUUGUUUCAGAUCGCUAUGGAAGGAGGCAAGCCAUUCCCCCUUUAUUUUCUUCUAUUAUCAUCUGCUGUGCCUGGCUAAUGAUCUCCUCCGUCUCUUUCACGACGACAUUACCAGAGUCUCCAAGGUAUUUAUGCAUGAAAGGUCGAAUAAAUGAUGCACAUAAUAUUCUUGAGAAGAUAGCUCGGGUGAACCAAUCAAGACUCCCUCCUGGAAUGCUUGUUCCUGAUAGAACAAGUGGACUGGAUGAAGAAUCUGCUGCAUCAGAAGAUGAUCCGCUACUAUCCUCAACCAGAAAAAAGGAUUUGGAUUUUAGAUCUGGCUUCUCGUCAUUUGUUAUGCUUUUCUCAUCAAAACUAAUUCGAACGACACUUCUUUUGUGGGAGUUAAACUUUGGAAUUAUAUUCUCAUAUUUUGGUAUCAUGUUGCUGGCUUCAGAGUUAAGUAGUGGGCAAAGCAAAUGUGCCUCAACUGGCUUGCAAUCAGAAAAUCUUCAGGAUGACAGCCUCUACGUAAAUGUAUUUAUUACUAGCUUGGCAGAGAUUCCUGGGCUUCUUUUAUCAGCAAUUAUGGUAGACAGAAUUGGCCGCAAGCUUUCGAUAGCAUUUUUGUUUUUAUUGGCUUGUAUUUCCCUUUUACCUCUGGUUUAUCAUCAGUCUGCAACUUUAACAACAGCAUUGUUGUUCGGAGCUCGCAUGAGUAGCAGAGGAGCCUUUGCAGUUUCUUCAAUAUAUGUUCCAGAGUUGUAUCCAACGGCUGUGAGGGCAACUGGUGCUGGAGUUGCAAGUUCUGUAGGAAGGGUUGGCGGCAUGAUAUGUCCUCUCGUGGCAGUUGGACUGGUGACUGGUUGCAAGCUUACAGAAGUUAUCAUUCUGUUUGAGGUUGUGAUGGCUAUUUCAGCAGUCUCUGUCCUGCUCAUCCCAUUUGAAACCAAGGGACAAGAAUUAAGUGACAACAUGCUUAUGCCCAUGAAUGAACCUGCAGAGAGCUCCGCCGGGAUGGGAGGUGGAAGCCCAGUAUACACUCUGGAUGAGGCACUUGCUUCUGUGGGGUUUGGCAAAUUCCAACUACUGGUGCUUUUAUACACUGGUUUUGGUUGGUUUGCAGAAGCAAUGGAACUUAUGAUUCUCUCUUUUGUGGGACCAGUGGUUAAGUCCCAGUGGGAUCUCUCCCCAGGCCAAGAGAGCCUGCUAUCAACUGCUGUUUUUGCUGGGAUGCUCGGUUUACUGGGAAUAAUUCUUCUAACUAGCGUUGUUGGAUUAUUGAGUGCUUUCUCCCCAAAUUAUGCAUCUCUGGUAAUUAUCCGUUGUUUGGUUGGCGUUGGCAUGGGCGGUACAACUGUAUUCGGCUCCUGGUUUCUGGAGUUUGUUCCUGUUGCUCGUAGAGGCACAAGGAUUGUUCUCGUCUCAUUGUUCCCAGCAUUUGGAUCACUUUUUGAGGCUGCACUUGCAUGGAUUGUCAUGCCAAGAUUGAGUUGGAGGUGGCUACUUGCAUUUUCCUCUAUACCAUCUAUUGCGAUGCUUUUCUUUUAUUCUCUAGUACCAGAGUCUCCAAGGUAUCUAUGCAUGAAAGGUAGAAUAAACGAUGCAAAUAAUAUUCUUGAGAAGAUAGCUCGGGUGAACCAAUCAAAACUCCCUCCUGGAAUGCUUGUUCCUGAUAGUACAAUUGGACUGGAUGAAGAAUCUGCAGCAUCAGAAUGUACCCCUCUACUCUCCACAACUAGCAAAACGAGUUGGGAUUUUAGAUCAGGCUUCUCAUCAUUUAUUACACUUUUCUCAUCAAAACUAAUUCGAACAACCCUUCUUCUAUGGGAGUUAUACUUCGGAAAUGUAUUCUCAUUUUAUGGUAUCUUGUUGCUGGCUUCAGAGCUAAGUAGUGGGCAAAGCAAAUGUGCCUCGACUGUCUUGCAAUCAGAAAAACUUCAGGAUGACAGCCUCUACAUAAAUGUAUUUAUUACAAGCAUGGCAGAGAUUCCUGGGGUUCUGUUAUCAGCAACUAUGAUAGACAGAAUUGGCCGCAAGCUUUCGAUAGCAGUUAUGUUUGUAUUGGCUUGUAUUUUCCUUUUACCUUUGGUUUAUCAUCAGUCUGCAACUUUAACAACAGCAUUGCUGUUCGGAGCCCGCAUGUUUAGCAGAGGAGCCUUCGCAGUUUCUUCAAUAUAUGCCCCAGAGUUAUAUCCAACGGCUGUGAGGGCAACUGGUGCUGGAGCUACAAGUUCUGUAGGGAGGAUUGGUGGCAUAAUAUGUCCUCUCGUGGCUGUUGGACUGGUGACUGGUUGCCACCUUACAGAAGCUAUCAUUCUUUUUGAGGUUGUAAUGGCUAUUUCAGCAGUCUGUGUCCUGCUCAUCCCAUUUGAGACCAAGGGACAAGAAUUAAGUGACAGCAUAAAUGUAUCUGAUUCAAAACAAGUUGUUGCUGUUGGGUAG